AUGUUAGAUAUAAAUCUUUUCAGAAAUCAUCCGGAAAUUAUUCGUGAAUCUCAACGUCGUCGAUUUGCCAAUGUCGACGUUGUAGAUGAAGUUAUUCAACUUGACAAACAAUGGCGUCAGCGGCAGUUUGAGCUUGAUAAUUUGCGGAAAGAUUUCAAAAAGAUCACCAGAGAAGUUGGCAAGCUAAAAAACUCUGGUGCGGAUGCGAGUCAUAAAAUUAAAGACACUGCAGAGAAGAAGCAAUUAAUUGAAAAGAAAGAGACACAAGUAGAAGAGGCACGAACUGCUUUGUAUUCAAAGUUGGAAAUCAUUGGUAACCUUGUGCACGAUUCAGUCCCAGUUAGUAAUGAUGAGGCAAAUAAUGCUAUAGUUCGGUUCUGGGGAGAGAAGCGGACUGAGAAGGGUCUUAAGAGUCAUGUUGAUCUCGUCAAAGCUCUUGGAAUGGCAGAUAUAAUAAAGGGAGCAAAUGUCGCUGGAGGAAGAGGUUACUAUCUGAAAGGAGCUGGUGUACGUCUUAAUCAAGCGUUGAUUAAUUUUGCUCUUGAUUUCUUGGAGAAUAGGGGAUAUACUCCAUUGCAAACUCCGUUCUUCAUGAGGAAAGAUAUUAUGGCAAAGUGUGCUCAAUUAGCUCAGUUUGAUGAAGAACUUUACAAGGUGAGUGGUGAGGGAGAUGACAAAUAUCUUAUUGCCACUGCUGAACAACCUCUGUGUGCUUAUCAUUUGAAUGAUUGGAUUCAUCCUUCACAACUUCCGUUAAGGUAUGCUGGAUAUUCUUCAUGCUUCCGCAAGGAAGCUGGUUCUCAUGGUCGCGAUACACUUGGAAUUUUUAGAGUCCACCAGUUUGAGAAAGUGGAACAGUUUUGUUUGACUAGUCCAAAUGACAAUGACUCCUGGGCCAUGCAUGAGGAGAUGAUUAAAAACUCAGAGGAAUUCUUUCAGCAGCUAGAACUUCCUUACCAAAUUGUGGCUGUUGUUUCUGGCGCACUCAAUGAUGCAGCAGCAAAGAAGUACGAUUUGGAAGGGUGGUACCCUGCAUCAUCAACUUAUAGAGAGCUUGUGUCCUGCUCAAACUGCACAGACUAUCAGUCCAGGAAAUUAGAAAUUCGAUUUGGACACAAGGGUAAUGAUCAAGUGAAGAAGUAUGUGCAUCUAUUGAACUCCACCCUUACCGCGACAGAGAGGACUAUGUGUUGUAUACUUGAGAACUACCAAAGGGAGGACGGAGUUGAGAUUCCUCAAGUUCUACGGCCAUAUAUGGGUGGCAAGACAUUCAUGCCUUUCUCUAGCAAAGGGAAUUGAG